AUGGGGAUGAAAAUUAAUUUUAAUGCUGCUUGUCAAAUCGAGCCAAUACGUACGGUAGCACGUCGUGGUACGCCACUCAACAUUCACUUCUCGAUAAAAAUGUCAAUGGAACUAGAUUUUGCACUGCGUGAUUGGCGUAAGAGUGAUGUUAUUGCGUUCCCAAUGAUGCGUGAUAGGAACGCUUUGGUAAUUGUUCCGGUUAUAGAAGAGUCACUGUUUCGUGACACCACAAUUGUUCUAGUCCAUGGUAAUAUGAUCAAGGGCAUCGGCUUCAUGGUUUGGAAACAUGCUCGACAAGCGCAAUAUUAG